AUGGCCUCUACUAUGAAAGCAGUGAACUAUCAGGGACCUUACAAGGUCAAGGUUUCGGAGGUGUCCCUGCCAAAGAUCCUACACCCAGACGAUGUCAUCGUCAAAGUCACAACGGCUGCCAUCUGCGGAUCAGACUUGCAUAUGUAUGAGGGACGAACUGCAGCGGAGGCUGGCAUCACAUUCGGUCAUGAGAACAUGGGAAUUGUCGAAGAGCUCGGUGCUGGCGUCACUCUUCUCAAGAAGGGAGACCGCGUAGUCAUGCCCUUCAAUGUCGCAGAUGGGCGUUGCCAAAACUGCGAAGAAGGACGCACGGCAUUCUGCACCGGUGUCAACCCUGGCUUUGCUGGCGGUGCUUACGGAUAUGUCGCCAUGGGACCUUACCCUGGUGGACAGGCUCAAUACUUGAGAGUACCGUACGCCGACUUCAAUGCCUUGAAGCUGCCUCCUGGAAAGGAGUUCGAAGCCGACUUUAUCCUGCUGGCAGACAUCUUCCCAACCGGUUGGCACGGUGUUGAGCUUUCUGGCUUCAAGCCGGGUGAGAGUGUUGCUGUUUUUGGUGCAGGUCCCGUUGGCCUCAUGGCAGCGUACUCUGCUGUGCUCCGUGGAGCAUCAAGAGUCUUUGUCGUAGACCGUGUUCCCGAACGUCUUCAAUCCGCAGAGAAGAUCGGAUGCACACCCAUCGAUUUCACAAAAGGCGAUGCUGUGGAGCAAAUCAAAAAGUCGAAUGGUGGCGAGGUUGACCGAUCCGUUGAUGCCGUUGGAUACCAAGCCGUCAGUGCAGGCGGCAACACGGAACAGCCCAACAUUGUUCUGGAGAACAUGAUCAAAGUUACUCGAGCUUGCGGUGGCCUUGGUAUUCCAGGACUUUACGUUCCGAGUGAUCCGGGUGCGUCGGAUGAUGCUUCGGCAAAGGGCAUGAUCAGCCUUAGCUUUGGCAAGCUAUUCGAGAAGGGACUUUCUCUCGGCACUGGCCAAUGUAACGUCAAGGCUUACAACAGAUAUCUGCGUGACUUGAUCAUUGCAGGCAAGGCCAAGCCCAGCUUCGUCGUCUCGCAUGAGAUUAACAUUGACGAUGCGGAGACUGCCUAUGAGAAGUUCGAUAAGAGAAUCGACGGGUACACCAAGGUCCUCAUCCACCCCAACGGUGGCUUUUAA